AUUGGUGAGUUUUCCAUUGCCUAUGAAUGUAUUAUCCAGGACCAAAAAUUAGCUAUUAAGCGAAGCAAACGGCCCGUUUCAGGCAAGUUGGAACGCAAGGCGAUUCAACGGGAAAUUGAUGCUUUAAGGGCGUUGACCAGCGUCUCUGGAGAUGGCGCAUCGGAAGAAGAAGAGGGGAAGGAAUAUUUGGUUUACUUUAUAGAAGCAUGGGAUUUCAAUCAUUAUUACUAUAUAAUGACUGAAUUCUGUGAAGGUGGUACCUUGUUUGAUUUCUUGGAAGAGAACAAGCAUUAUAGAAUUGAUGAGUUCCGAAUUUGGAAAAUAUUAAUUGAAAUUCUCUCAGGGUUACGAUUCAUACAUCUGAAGAAUUAUUUACAUUUAGAUUUGAAACCAGCUAAUAUUUUUAUCACUUUUGAAGGGUCACUAAAAAUCGGAGAUUUCGGAUUGGCUACCAAGUUACCCAUUUUAGAGAAAGAUUUUGAUUUAGAAGGAGAUCGGAAUUACAUCGCCCCUGAAUUGAUCAAUGAUAAAAUUUAUACCCCCUUUGCCGACAUUUUUUGUCUUGGUUUAAUCAUUUUGGAAAUUGCUGCGAAUAUUAUUUUACCUGACAAUGGAACUCCAUGGAGAAAAUUACGAAGUGGGGAUUUAAGUGAUGCAGGACAAUUAUCAAGUGAUAAUAUCUCGAUGUUUUUACAUCACCAUGCUAGUAGCGCCGGUGGUUGUGGUGGUGAAUCAAACCAUUGUUUGCUGAGUUCAACCACAAAUAUCAGCAGUACGCAUUCACUAACUAUUAAUUCAUCAGCUAGUAAUUUAUUUACGAUGCCACCGCAGAAUCCUGUCAAUAAUAGCACUACACAGUUAAAUCCGCCCGCCACUGCAAUCACCAGCGGCACUCCGGCAACUACGGGUAGUUCCAGCGGUAUGCUGAAUAAAGCAUCAGCUCGUGAUUUGAUUCCACCAUGGGCGCCGGAAUUCUUGACUAGUGGUGAUCUGAUGAAUUUGGAUCGGUUAGUAAAUAAGAUGUUACGCCCUAACCCGUUUGAUCGACCACUGGCCCUGGUGAUAUUAGAGAUGGAAGAAUGUGUCAUUAUUGAGAAUAGGCGCAAGGCAGGUGCAACUAUUUUCGAAGGGGAGUUUGGUCCUCCUGAUGAUUAAAGGGGGGGAAGGAGAGAAGGUUUUAUGUAUGAAUGUAUGAGAGUAAAAUGUGUAUAUGAAAUGAAUGAAUGUGCAGAUUGAUUGAUUGAUUGAUUGACUGCUGUAGUUAGUUUCACAAUCGUUCUCCAAAGAUAGCAUCUUGUUACAUCAUGUGAAUUUGUCAAUUAAUAGAAAAAUCUAGUCGCGUUUAGAUUUACAGUUUGAUGGGUUCUUUAAUGUUGAGGCGCUUAAAAUAAAGGAGAUUUUCUCGUGAAACGCGGCUCUAUGCAGAAACAUGCGACCCUGUUGUUUGACGAUGGAUUGCGGUAGAAGAAACUAGAACGAGAAUAGAAUUAAGGUUAGA